UGCCAGAGCAUUACUCUCUCAAUGGCGUCCUCCUUCACGGUGUGCAGGUUACAUACGAUAGGAAGAGGCAGCCUGGUGAAGUGCCUACAGAAGGUCGAUACAUUUCUUCACAGGAAUAUUGGAACAAACGUUGUUGCUGUGCAAGAAGAAAAGAAUGGAUUCAAAUCUUUGUAUGCUGUCCAUGCAGAGAGACAAGAACAGGCAGAGAGAUCUGUUCUCAUCAGCUGCCACUCAAGAACCAAUGAGAAAAAUUUCCUCAAGUAUAUAGCAAAUUACGGAGAUAUCCAGAAAUACUUCUUUUAUGAAAGCUUUGGAAUGUAUGCCGUGGUAGAAUUUGCCAACCAGGAAAGUGUUGCCUCAUUGUUAGAAGGGACGGCCAUCCCUAGCAUCAGCCAUGAAUCCCUGGUGCCUUUUAAAUCAAGACUGCUGUCAAUGAGGAACCUCGACUCAAGGGAUGUAUUGAACCAGCCAUCCAUAAAAAAGGGCCAAGCACAAACAAGCAUUCCCAUCAACGAGCUCAUACAGAGACUGUCCAAAGAAGAAAGUAUAGACCAACAGAUAACCUCCCUGACAGAAGCUUAUCAGCUAACGGAGGAGAACUGCCGACUGCGCUUCCUCGUCUGCUCUCUGCUCAAGGACAUUGCAGCUUCUUUUUUCCCAGAAUGCACCAUCAUGCCAUUUGGCUCAUCAGUGAAUGGCUUUGGAAAGCUGGGAUGUGACCUGGACAUGUUUCUAGACCUGGAUGGCAUCAGUGGGAAAAAUGCAACAAUGCCAAAAUCCGGUCUGUUCCUGGAGUACCAGAUGAAGAGGGCCAACUUCGAGCGGAUCGUCACCCAGAACAUCCUGUCCGUCAUCGGGGAGUGUGUGGACCAGUUUGGACCUGGGUGUGUGGGGGUGCAGAAGAUACUAAAUGCACGCUGUCCCCUGGUCCGUUUCACCCACCAGCCCUCUGGCUUUCAGUGUGACCUCACAGCCAACAACAGGGUGGCGAUGAAGAGCACAGAGCUGCUCUAUCUGUACGGAGAGCUGGACCCACGGGUGCGUCACCUGGUGUUCACCGUGCGCUGUUGGGCUCGAGCUCACGGCAUCACCAGCAGCAUCCCCGGGGCCUGGAUCUCCAACUUCUCCCUCACCAUCAUGGUGCUGUUCUUCCUGCAGAGGAGGAGCCCCCCUAUCAUCCCAACCCUGGACCACCUCAGGGACCUUGCAGGUCCCGAGGACAAGAGCGUGAUUGAGGACAACGACUGCACGUUUGUCAGCGACUUCAGCAAGAUCCAGCUCGAGAGCAACACAGAAACACUGGAGCAACUGCUGUGUGAGUUCUUUGAGUUCUACGCCUCCUUUUGCUUCAGUAAGCUGUCAAUCAAUAUCAGAAAGGGCAAAGAGCAGAACAAGCUUCCGGCAGUCCCGCUGCACAUCCAGAACCCGUUCGAAACCACUCUGAACGUCAGCAAAAACGUCAACGCCUCACAGGUAGACCGCUUUGUGGCUUUGUGUCAGGAGAGCUCAUGGCUGAUCCAGCAGAAUAUAACCGCCCCGUCCAGAGGUGGUACUAAAGGAAAUGCUACUAUCACACCUUGGGGAGUAUCUACCCUCCUUCUGCCCUCCCAGGUUGCAGGGAUCAAAAGUCGCAAGAGACGGAAAUUCGAGCCGACGAGCGAGAGGAUCAAGAGCUUGCUGGAGUCCUUGAAGAAUACCAACAAUCAACCAAAUCAAAGUUAAACUCUUUGAGGUCGCAGCUCCAUCGUUUUACUAUCACUUUAGCUAAUGCAUUGGUCAACUCCACCGUCUAGUGUACUUUUCUGGUGCCUCACUGAGAAGGCGAGGAGCAGCUUUAGCCUGUCACUGAGGCUUGUAUGUGCAUAUAUUUGGGCCUGCAAAAAGGGAGUUAUUACUAUGUACUAUACUGUGGACUUCCCUACUCUGUUGUAAUUAAAGCAAUUUAUGUGUGAACUGAUGCAAAUCUCUCCAGAUGCUUUUUGGAACAAAAACUACCCUAACAUUUGAAUAUAUCUCAAACAACAAAAAUCAUUAUGAAUAUAUUUUUUUUAAUGAAUAUUACAAUACGGACAGAAUGAUCAAGAUUUUAUUGCAAGUUAACACUGGGUUUGUUUAAUAUGGCACUCAAAAACUGACAGAGUAUGACAUGCAUCAGAAAUAAACCAGAAUACACAACUUCUAUUAAUUAAAAAUAGUUUAUUGAAAAUA